AUGCCUUCAGUCAAUCUGGAUUCUUCUACGUCGUCAAUAGGGGGCCAUGAAAAUGAUCAUCCCGAAAUUCCGAUCAUCGAUGACAACGAACCGUUAGUUGACGUGGUCCGAAAACUAUAUAAUUAUUUGACAUUGACUGUAUCUGAUGUCUCAUAUACCUUUGAACAAAUCGGAUCUACUUCCCACGGCUAUAGUCUCAGGUUGCUUAUUCAUUCUUUAGUGGAAAGCUCGCAUAAUACUUAUAUUAUUCCUGCAUUAAUGAUCCUGAAGUGGCAAUUCGAUAAUGCUGCUGAUUAUGAUUGGGGCGUAAGUGAAAGUCGAGGAUACGCUUGUGAAUAUGUCGCCUGGCAGUUUGUCUGUCACCUUAAUCAGCGGGAAACUCUUGUAUACCUACUUGAGGAACUCACAUGGCCCACACAGAAGGCUAUCAACCUUCCUCAAGCGGAAAUGGGUACUUCUGGAUAUGCCUCGGCUGCCGCCACUAAUCACCGGACUCUAGAAGAAGAUGAAAGGGCACCAUUGUUGCUGGGCUCGUCCUCGUCUCUAUAUCGUUUCUUUGGCGGUACGAGGCGUCUAGGUAGCUCGCUUGAGGAUGACAAUUCAGGAUCCCACGAUUUAACAUAUGAUGCGUAUGAACUGGAGAAAUUCUCGCUGUUUUUUGGACUGAAUGCUCUAGAAAUUGCAACUAUUGCCCACGCAAAAAAGUUUUUGAGCCAAAAAGUGGUACAGAGAGUCAUUGAUCAUAUCUGGAAAGGAGAAAUUGUUUUCUGGGACACCCUGAGUGUGCAUUCGACAAAGAAGCCACACUUCUUCAAUAAAAGGACGGCGGAUCCUUAUUCUCGGUUACGGGUUCCAGUAUAUCGCAAAGCGUUUGAAGCAGCUUUCUUUGUCUCAUUCUUAAUCCUAUACUAUGCGGUUCUAGUUGAACGAAAGCCCACGGGUAUAGGAAUCUUUGAAACACUGAUGUAUUUCUGGAUCGCUGCCUUCGCUUAUGAUGAAGUAAGCGGCAUGGCAGAUGCGGGAAUGCUUUUCUACCAGAUGGACUUCUGGAAGCUGUGGAAUAUGGGAAUCAUAGGUACUGGACUUGCCUUCGUCAUUUCAAGUGAGUCAUUAUCCCCUGUGAAUCUGCCUUACCCUUUGUUCAGCUCUUUCAGCUGGACUAGGAUUCUGUGCCAUCGGGGUGAGCGACCCCUAGGAUCAUCGGGCUGGCCAAAGAUAGCGACUACAUUACAGACUUGUCAUUUGAUAUACUUUCAUUAG